AUGAAAAAUACCAAUGACGAGCGGGUGAUCCUUAACGUUGGUGGCAUCAAAUAUGAAACAUAUAGAUCAACAUUAACUGCAUAUCCAAAAACGUUACUUGGAGCAAUGUUCCAAGAAAGAAACGGAGCGAUGCUUCAUCCGACGAAUGGCAAUGAAUAUUUCUUUGAUAGAAAUGGUCGAGCAUUUCAUUACAUAAUGGAAUUUUAUCGGACAGGUGAAAAUGUGUGGCCCGGUGAAGAUACCUUAGAGCAAAGCUACACAUUAGUCUCACAACAAGAAUUAAUUAAAGAAAUCGAUUACUUUCAAAUUCCUAUAAAUUUAGGUCGAGCACAUACUGACAUAAUUCCUGACUCAAAAACUUUGGCUUCAAGAUUAGAUGAAUUUGUUAACGCAUUGAUUGAUAGCAUUUAUGAUAUGAGAUUCGAAUUUCUUAAUAAUGUUACAAUUAAUUUUUAUAAUCGAAAAAAAGUUGUUGAAGGAGAUCCAAGUACAAUGUAUUCACUUUGGCCUUAUAUUGAGACUGUACAAAGACGUUUAAAACCAUUUGAGACAAGUGGGAGUAGAAUGUUGGAUCUUUUUGGUGAUCAGAUUGUCGCAAAGUUGAAUUCUAAAGAAAAUAUUAAAUGUACGAUGAAAAAAUAUGCUUAUGGUACUGAUUUGGUGUUUAGAUUCGAACAGGAGUUUAACACUAAGGAAAUUCUUAGUUAUUGUAAAGAACUUGAAUAG